GAAACACAUCCAGGGAGAGGACUUCGAGUUUUGCCAGAAGGCGAAGACGAAUAUAUUGAGCGAGGUGGGGGCUGAUGUGAACCACACGGAGACUUCCGUGGUGUGCGAUGACGAGACAGAGGUGCCGCUUUUUUCGCCCAAGGACAGCUUGCCGUACUAUGAAGUGCAGUGCUGCCCGGCACAGGCGACUUAUUGUGCUGGCUGCGCCAAGUUGAAUUCAGGCGGAACUUCUUGUGCCACGUGCAGUGGCGGCUACGUGAUGAGUAGCAACAAGUGUGUGGCGUGCGUUGACCUGCCCUGGGAGAACGCACAAGGAGAAAACUGCCACGCAGCCUCCUGCUCAAACUCCAGGCAGUCGGGUUUCAGCUCCAACGCCGCCUGCUGCAAAUGCGGCGGCGGCCAGCGCGCGGCCACCCCGUUUGAGUACUACGUGGGGCCGAUGGCCAUCGGCAGCAGCCAUGUCGUGGGCCACCCGAUUCCCCGCACGGCCAGCCACUACGCAGUUGAUAAGGACUGCGAGAUGGCGAAGUUUGGGCUCCGCAUCGAUCCUACGUCAGGAAAGCUGGAGCGGACUGCAGGGUGCUCCACGGUGGGCUGCGGCCUGGUCACGAGCUUCGAGGUGAAGUGCAGCGUCACGGCCCUGCAGGCGGAUGGCUUGUCCGCCUCAGCUCCGUUAGUGGCUAUGGUGGGGGAGCUGGGCUAUGGCAGCGGGCCAGUGGUCUUGCGCGGCAGCAACUCUGCUGCCCCUGUGACAGCGCCGGGGCUGUCGGGAUCCUUCUCUUUGGCUUGCUCUCCGGAGGCCCAGUGGCUCUCGGUGAGCAGCGGUGGCGUCCUCUCCCUUCGCUCCGGCUCCGGCGGCGAAGUGACGGACAGCAGUGGCACCACGCUGGGGCGUGGGGCCGUGUGCAGCAUCGCCAAGGGCACAGGGAAGGCGCACAUCCCGGUGCUGGCCCCUCAGAAAUGGAACUCCAUGAGCUACAGCUACGGGGGCAGCACCGUGCUCUACGCCACGGUGGGGGAGCGCUCGCCCGUGCUGCCGGUAAUGUCCUCCGGCAGCGGGGUGCCGCCCACCCGCUUCUCCGCGGACUGUGCCGACUCCUCCUUUGCUUUCGACCAGCUCUCUGGGGUGGCCACGUUCAAGGGCCACGAGAUCUUUGCGCUGGAUGUGAAGUCUGGUACACUGCAGCUGCAGCCUGAACACUCCUUGGUGAAGGCCUUGGACUCACAAUCCGGAGUGCGCCGGAAGAUCUCGCUCAGCUGCACGGUGUUCGGGCACUACGAGUGGCAGCCGGCUGGCCAGGGCCCGGUGUUGACCCACCGCCUGUCGCUGGAGCUGAGGGACGGGACCUGCUGGGCAUCGAAGGUCCUCAGCUUCGCGAGCCGCGUAGACAAGGGCAGCCAUGCGCUGGACGCUUGCCGCGCCCUGUGCCGCUCGGAUCCCUUCUGCUCCCAUUUCCAGGUGGCGAGCAAGUGCUACUUCUACCAGGGCGUGUGCAAGGACUCCUCCCACAUCGCUUGCAGUCACAAGGACGUCUCGGUCCUUGAGCACUACCCCGGAUGUGGGGAGCGAAGCAGCUGCAUCGAUGUGAAGAUCCCGAACUUCCACUACGUCUCGGGCAAGUACUGCCCGCGGGGCGAGAAUGCAUUGACGGACAGCCAGGGCCCGGUGUACUUCAAGCAGGGCUUGACAACCAAGGAGACCUUUUGGCUGCAGAAGUUCGCCACUUGGCGAAGCCGCUGUUCCUUAGGGGACUGGGCGAUCUACAAGCCGAAUCCGGCAAAGGACUACGAUAAUUUGACUUCAAGCUAUGUGGAGCUGCACGGGGGUGUGGUGGCCUGUCUCUCCGGCGCUACAGAUUUGGCCUCUGACGUCUUCUCUUCCACCUCCGUGCAACUCACGGUGUCUUACCUCACGACCGGGUCCGCCACUGCCCGUGUGGCGGCGCCCGGGUGCUCAGUGCCGAACAUCACCUCUGAGGAGGAAGAGGAAGAAGAGGAGAAGCAGAGCGUGUUUCCAUUGGUUUUGGACGAUCCCUCCACUGACAUCGUGGACGACCACUGGCUCCACCCCUGCCAAUGCGUCCCCGCGAGCUGGGGCUCGGAAGCUCCCGUCAAAGAUGAGAGCGCGGCGGACAUCCCUGCGGGCAGCGGCAACGAGUUUCUGCAUCUGCCCUUUCCAAUCGUGGAAGGCGAAUUCGUGUGUGAGCAGGAGAACAUGCUCUCAGUUCACGUGAUGUCCGAAGACGAGAUGGCGGAUAGCGCAGACUGCAAGUCCAAGUGCAAAGCGCAGUCAUGGCCUCCCUGUACCUUCUUUUGGGAAGGCGAAGUCAUGUCUACGAAGCAAUGCCGGCUCUACUCUGCUUGCUCCCAGCUGGUACGUGAGGUGGGCAGCAUGGGCAUUCUCUACGGAAUGACUUAUCGCAAGGCAUGCCGAAUUGCAGACCCUGAAACCUGCUGGAGCGUCACGAAGCGCCGCUCUUUCCUGGGUGCUGGCACAGAUUCGUACCCUUGCCUCUACGAGGACCUACUACAGCAGUGUGACCAUAAACUUAUGCUGGGCGGCUUCGGGGUGGCUGGCUGCGGGAAGUGCCAGUACGCUCCCGUGGAAGGACGCAAAAUCCUCUCCUACAAUGGCAAGUGCCUGAAGUACGCGGAUGACCAAAAUGUGCAGGUAGCCACCUGCUCAACGCACAAGAAUCAGAAGUGGUUCUUCGAGGGGGAAGCCAUCAAGACUGACGUGAAUGAUGACUGCCUGGACUACAACACCGCCACUGGCAAUGUUCGCAUGCACACUUGCAGCGGCAAUAACAACCAGCUGUGGUACUUUGAGGACGGCCACCUGAAGUCGCGACAUGACGGCAAAUGCCUCGACUUCUUCAAUGCCAACAGCAACGUCUAUGUGGGGAACUGCCCGGGCAGCGACACCAUGCACUGGGCCUGGAAGCAGGAAAUGCAUGAUGGCCAGAAGCUGAUUAGCGACCACAACGGCCUCUGCCUCAAGCACCAAUCCGAUAACACCUUCAGAGCCACCAGCUGCAGCAAGGCCUUUGCCCAUCGCUUCUACUUUGUGGGCGAAUUGCUCAAGUCAGAGAAAGACUCCUCGAUGUGCGUGGAGCACGUCUCGUCAACGGGGGAAGUGAGGGCGUCUACAUGCCAGAGCGGGAACAACUUCAAGUGGUACUGGCAGGGGAAAUUAUUGAAGUCCAGGACAGACGGCCGCUGCCUGGACUUCCUCACUCACUCGUAUGUGGUGCGGGUGGGCAGCUGUCCGAACAGCGACACUCAGAGGUGGAACCGGCCCAGCGUGUUCAAAGAUCUGCCGGCAGCAAAGAUGACGUCGAUGCACAGUGCCACCCAUUGCUGGAACUACAAUCCGAAUACCGGUGAUGUGUACAUGCGUGACCCCUGCCACGACGGCGACAACCAGAAGUGGUACUUCGAUGGCGAGGCCAUUAAGACUCCAGACGACACCUCGAAGUGCUUGGACGAGGCCAGCAGCGGCAACUUGUACAUGAACACUUGCCACAGCGGCGAGAAUCAGAAGUUCUACUGGGAUGGUGCCAGAAUCAAGAACAAGAAAUGGGACGGUGCGAAGUGCAUCGACUACGGUUAUGGAGAUGGGAAAAUCUACAUGCACUCGUGCCACUCCGGCGCCAACCAGAUGUUCAACUUGUGGACGCCGCAGCGGCUUUCCACAGAGAACUCCGGCAAGUGCUUGGAGAAGCAAUCGGACAACAAUGUUGUUAUGCGCGGCUGCAAGCACACCGACAACCAGCAGUGGUACUUCGAGGGCCCCAUUUUGAGGAACAAAGACGAUACUUCUCAGUGCUUGGACAUGCGUACUAGCGGCGACUACAACUUGUACAUGGGCAGCUGCCAUGGAGGAGACAAUCAGGAUUUUGUCUGGAGCGGCGAGCUGGUUAAGUCUGUUCACGACAGCAGCAUCUGCUGGAAGUGGAUGGGAGGAAGCAACAAGAACGUGGAGGGCAAGCCAUGUGACUCGAGCAGUGAUUUGUUCAAGUGGUACUUCCAUGCGCCUGUCCACAAGGGCAAGCUGAUGAAGUCCGACUAUGAGGACUCCUGCCUGGACUGGGACAACGGUAACGCAAGAGUUUACAUGAACUCGAACUGCCACAAGAACAGUAAUCAGCGGUGGUACUUUGUCGGCGAGGGGAUUUGUGUCGAGUCCCUCGGAGAUGACAAGUGCUUGGAUUAUGACCCCUCCGUCGCGAGGGUCUACAUGAACAACUGCCACGGCGGCAACAACCAGAAGUGGUAUUUUGACGGCAAGCUCUUGAGGAGCAGGUAUGACGAUCGGUGCCUCGACUUCAACCCCCAUGACAAGAAAGCAUAUGUGACCAGCUGCCCUGACAGUAACACCCUGGAGUGGACUGCCGGCACUGACAUCCACAACAGUGUUCAGCUCAUUUCUGAUGGAAACAAGUGCCUUUUCUACGACUCCUCCGGCGACAAGAACGUGGAAGCCAGCGGAUGUUCGGAAGCCGACAACAAGCUGUGGUACUUUGACAGCAGCGACAGACUCAAGACCGAGCAAGACAAUCGAUGCAUUGAUUACCACUAUGGCACCAGCAACUACUACAUGCACAACUGCCACAGUGGCCAGAACCAGAAGUUCUACUGGGACGGCAAACACUUGCGAGACAAGUACGAUGACUUCUGCAUGGACUACCACGUCGCGAAUGGCAAUGUUCGUUCGGGAACUUGCCAGGACAAGCAGAACAAUCAGUGGACGUUUGAAGGCGGAGCGAUGUUGAAGAAGACCCCUAUACCAACUUCCUUCUCCCAUGGCCAGACUCUGGAGGUCUCCUGCUGGUCGGAGCGGUUUAGCUCCACCGGCUCAGACAAGCUCUCAUGCGUGGCCGGGAGCUGGGUAAACUCCCGUGGCUCGCUGGGGCUGGAGGGCUUCAGCUGCAAGGCCUGCGUGCAGGUGGUCAGCCCCAAGUACGCCGACUUGGACUCGCAGAUUCGCCAGGAGCUCUUCUUCGCUGCGGGCUUGAAGUUGCACCUUACGGUGGACACCCGGACAGUUCGCACCGUCACGGCCACUGGCGGUCUGCGCACAGGUGGAACCAAGGACGUCUUCGUGGCCGAGCUCAUGGACGGCGCUGGUGAGACGCUACGACGUUUCCGGUCCAUCACCUCAUCAGGCAACUGCCUGGCGGACGUGGGGGGCUCACUGACGGCCGAGGCCUGCACGAGUGAAGCCGAGCCCACUCAGCUGAUGGAGGCCUCGGAGCUUUCUUCUUUGCUCUGGGAGGAGUACAAGGCGAGCGCAGACGUGCCAGGGUCUCAGUCCAGCGCCUUGGCGAACCGGGGCUCGGCACCCACGACGUUGCGGAGCUUCCAGGUGGAGGCCAAGUGCUUCCAGGUCGUCAUCGCUGUCUGCCAAGACGUCGACACCGGCCUCCUCCUCAAUUGCAUCAGCCGGGUUGUUGAACUGGUGCAUCUGAUCCGCAUAGUCGCGGAUCUGGUCUUCACCCAGCGGCUCCCCCUCGUUCUCCACGUCGCCAUCUGA